GUCCGGCUAGUUCAUAGUUGGCAACACCGAGUAAGGAAUUUGUCUUCACAUAAAGUUUAAGUUUUGGUCCUUUGAUUUUUUUUGUGUAAAAGAUAGUAUUAUAUUAACUUUAUCUAGUAAACACUAUCGAAACAUAAAAUAUGCAAAUAAUACCUUUACAAUUCGUGCCUUAUUAGUUAAUGAAUAUUUAUUUGUUAAAGUGAUAAUGGCUCAUUUACAGUACAUGCCUGGUGAUCCUCGUUUAGUUGAUCAAUUGGUUUACGAGUUGAAAUCAAAAGGAAUUUUCGAUCAGUUUAGAAAAGACUGUAUAGCAGAUGUAGAUACAAGACCAGCAUAUCAGAAUCUUCGGCAGCGUGUAGAGAACUCUGUGUCAUCAUUCCUUGCCCGACAAGUUUGGAAACCAGAUCUCAACAAGAAUCAACUAAGAGAAAAAUUGAGAAAACAUAUUUUAGAUGGCAAUUACCUGGAACAAGGGGUGGAAAGAAUAGUAGAUCAAGUUGUAAACCCAAAGUUAGCAACGGUAUUUGUUCCAAAAGUAGAAGACCUUGUCUAUGACUAUCUGGGUAUCACUAGAAAGAAGAACUCAGUUGAAACAUCAAAUGGAAUUGCAGAUUUGCUUCCCACAGACUUAGAAGCAGUAAGUCCAGGUUCAGUUAAAAGUAAUGAAGAUAAAGAUGAUCCAAUGGAAGUGGAUGGUAUAUCUGAGCCAGUAUAUGAACAAAAAAAAGAAGAAAAGUUAGCUGAAGUAACUGAGAAAAUUGAAGAAGCAGAAACAUCUGGUGUUAGUGAAUUAACAAUACAUGACUCAAAUGGUAGUGACAACAAAGAAAGUAUUCCACUCCCUGCAGAGGAGAUAAGACCUGAAGAUAUACCUCCUCCUGAAAAUAGUCCUCCAAAAGUUGAAAAGGUUGAGAUAGACAAAAUAGAACUACCAAAAGAACAAGAUGUUGCUACAGAUAUUCCAUUACCUGAUGAUAUACCAAAACAAGAAAAUGGUACUUUCUUUAAAACUGUUAACAGUGAUGAUGACGACUCUAGUUCGGAUUCAUCAUUACGUAGAAAUAUGUCACCUUUGACUCCUAUCAGAAGUUACAAUAAUGAAAACUCUUGCGAUGCCCAACAAGCAUUUGAAAACCAACUGAUAGAGAGUAAAAAGGAAGAAAUCAAAGAGCCAAGUACUUUCAAAUUUGCAUUAGACACUAAAUCUACUGAAAAUAGUUUGGAUGCACCUAAAAUGGAUCAUAAAAAUGAAACUGAUUUAUCUUACCAGUUAAAUCAAGUUAAUAUAAAUAAUUUUAUAACACCUGCAUAUGAAGACAGUUCUAAUAGCAAUAAUUUACAAAUUGAUUAUGAAAGUGAUGCCAACAGUAAAGUAAAUACUGAAAUUAAAGAAGAAGCCGGUCAAAAUUGUGAAGAAAGUAAAAAAGAAAAAAAAAGCAGUCAUAAAAGCUCACAUAGGCCUAGAGAACACAAACAUUCAGCAAGGGACAAAAAGCCGGAGUCGAAACCUUCAAGCAGUAGAGAUACCAGUCGCCAUGAUAAAAAAUCUAAAGAUGAUGGUAAACAUAAACCUAGUGAAAAAGAAAGGUCAAGGGAUAGAGGUGAUAGAAAAGAAAAUAAAGAUUCAUCUAGACACAGAAGCUCUCACAAAUCGAGCCAUAAAGACUCAAAACCUCAUCGAAGCUCAAGCUCCAGCCAUAAACAGUCAAACAGAUCAGAUGAUAAAAAGUCUUCAUCAGCAAAUCAAAAAGACAAACAAAAAAGUUCAGAUAAAUCUUCUUCUAAAGAUAAGCAUUCUAAGGAUUCAAAAUCCAGUUCUCACCAUGCUGAUAAAGACAGAAAGAGCAGUAGUAGCAGUAAAAGUAGAUCUAGUGAUAAAGAUAAAGAUAAAAAGACUAAAAAAGAUACAGAUGAUCACUACAGCCUAUCUGGUAGGGGUAAUCCAAAUAGACGUUCAACUGAUAGAGAUUCCAAUGAUGGCAGUUCUUCAUCUAAAGGUUCUCAUCAGCCUCCUAGUUCUAAAUCAUCAGAUAGCAAAAAAGAUGCAAAGGAAAGCACUUCAAAAUCUGAUAGUAAAUCUGACAACACAUCUGGGAGCGGUUCAACUACGCCAAGUGAUAAAGUAGCCCCAUAUGAUGUGGGUAAGGAAGGUGAAGUAUUACAAAACAAACCUAUUGUCAGAUUAGAAACCCAUUUAGAAACACCAGUAGUUUCACCACCAAGAUUGCCUUUUGUACCUGAUAUUACAUUGAAAAAGCCAAAAAUAGCAGCUAAUUUUGAAGAAGCAAAGAAAAUUAUGAAAAUGCGCAAAUUUUUAGAAGAAGAGCAAAGACGUAUGAAUCAAGAAGCAGCUCUGCUUUUGGAGUUUCAAGCGAAUGUGAGACCAAGCCUUAGUCAAGUAUACUCUAGUAUACCUGGACCAGAAUUAGAAUUUGCAUGUAACACUAAUACAGCAAAUCAAUAUAAUAUACAAAAUACUGUUCCCGGUGAAAGUCAACGAACUUAUGUUGACGAAAAAACCUACACAAAUGCAGAAUUAUAUGAAGAGUUAAAUGCAGGUAAUGAAACAGAAAUUAGUGAUGAAGAACAAGAAACUAUAAGCCAAAAGAUUGAAAUGUCUUCUGAAUCAGAAAAAACAAAUAGAACCCUUUCUGAUGACUUGACUAUUUCAGAAAAUAAUAGACAAUCAAACGUUAAAAACGACCCCAAUGAUGAUGUAUCUGAAAUGCAACCCCGUGAAAAGGAAAAUAGAGCAAACAAAAACAAAUCUAGGAAACGAUGCAUAUCUGAGGAAAAUGUAGAAAUAAAUAAAAAUGAAAUACAAAAAGAUGAAUUGUGUUUCUUUGCUGAACAUGAGAAAUAUAGCUCAGAACUUGAAAGAACUAAAUAUGCUGAGUUUCUUAAAUUGUAUAUUAAAAAAACAAAUUUAUGCAAUAAGCUUUAUCUAAUUAAUUGUGAUACAUAUGAAGAAAAUGUAAUUAAAGAUGUUGCUAGUACUUUUGGUGACUUUGACAUCAUCAGUUAUCAUAGGAAUGGCAAAUUAAAAAUGCCUAAAACAAAAGCAAUAGUAAAAAACUUGAAUCUGACUGCUGAAGUAUCAUUACCAAUUGAUUCUGAGUCUCAAUCCAGUGACUCAGAUAUAAAAUGCCCAGUAUUUAGUCCUGGGAAAUCAGAUUGUUCAUUUGAAUUAAGUAACGAUUAUGAUGCUAAAUUACAAGAAAUGGUAAAUAAAACUUCUAGAAAAGAGAUCAUGCAAAUUAUCUUAGGCGAUAUAAUUGAUGAAUCACCGUCAAAAAUGCCAAAAAUCGAUUAUAUUACCGAAUCGAAUAUUGAUAACGCUAUCGAUUGUAAUAUAAAAAGGAAAAUUAAUGAUGAUGAAACCUCAGAAAAUAACAAUCGGCCAGUUCUAACACCCCAUAAAAUAAGAAAAAUGAGCACUUCUGAACUUAUUACCUCUACCACUCAAGAUACAGAAGAACCAAAUACUGAUAAUCUAGCCAGUGUCAGAUCGAAAUAUUUAGGACGGGCGAAAAGAGUUGGCCUCCCACGACCUAAGAGGACAGAACUACCAAACAGUCCUUCCAGUGACAAAUCAGUAGAGAACUACGAACAGAACACUCCUACUAAAACUUCCAAUGGAAAAGUAAAGGCACCAAGACAUCUGGUGCAACGAUAUGAAACAUCAGACCUAUAUAAACCCAAGUUACAUUUUCUGUCUAGGCGAAAUGUCAGUUAAACUUUAUAAUUAUACCAGGCUAAAUGGUAAAUAGCAUGUGUGAAAAGUGUAAAAGUGAUACAUUUCACCAUUAAAUUCAAAUAAAUGCCAAUAUUGUUUUCCAUGACAGUUUUUUUUGAAAAAUUGUUUCUUAAAAAUAUUCAGUGUGGGUUAUGACUGAUUUUUUGAUCAUCAUACAGCGACAGUAAUAUCUAAUACCUAUGAGAGUUACAUACGAAAAUUUCAAAUUACUAUAGAAAAUUAUAUAAUGGUAAGUUCUUAUUCUUACAUAAGUAAUAUGAUAGUUAUAUUAUCAAAAAGUUGAAUGUUUUGUUACAUUUAUUAUGGUAGAAGUUUGAUGCAUACAAAAGAUUCAAAGCUAUUUGAGACUUUCAGUAUGUAUAAUAUAUGCUAUUCAUUUUUUUAUAGAUUUAUAUGAAUUGAUUGAAUACUAUAAAUCCUGAAACUGUAACAUGUACAGUGUAUUGUUUUAAUAUGUAUUGUAAACAAUACAUUGGUUUAAGAUAGUCAUUUUAUACCAUUACACUUUGCUAAGAAUGCUAGAUUUCACUUAAAACCUACAAUAAAUAAAACAAGGUACUGCCAAUAUGUGUAAUUGUAAACUUAAUUGGAUGUGCAAUCAAAUAAAUCUUUAAAUAAAUUACUAUGUAAAAAUGUAUAGUUAAAGUGAUUUAAAGAUUUCUUUGACAUCUUAUGAAGAUUACAAAUUAGUUCUAAGUCUGCAAAAAGCGAUGACUUAUUUCCUGAUGAACUAUGACUAAUACUCCAAAAUUGUUUGUGUAUGUAAAUAAAAAUAGAUUUGUGAUAUGAAAGAAUAUGUAAUUAUAAUAUAUUUGCAAAUUUUGAGUUAAAAGUGUAUAAUUUUUUAAAAGUUUGACUUAAUUUUUUAUGAUAGAAAUAACAGUGUAAAUAUAAUAUAUAAAACUAUACAUUUUAUUUCAAAGUUCUUAUAUAAAAUCAUUCUUAAUUUAGCCUCAUGUUCUAGUUUAUUGAUUGAAUUAAUUUUUAACACAACUAAAUAGUAAUAAAAAUUUGAUCAGUUAUUUUUA